AUGGUGAGUGGCCGGAGCGAGGCAAUCGUGGUGGUCACGGCCAUAUUCCUGGCUUUUUCCUUGACCACGGGCAGUUUGAGAUGUUUCGUUCGCUUUCGCUUGACCCAUGCCGCGGGCUGCGAUGACCAUAUCAUGGUAACUGCAAUGUUCUUCAAUAUCGGUUUCGGCGUGUGUACUAUACUCGGCGCGACGUUUGGCAUGGGCAAGCAGCUGGUUUACUUUGAAGAAUCGCCGCAGAACUUUCGCAAGGCCAUGCUGUGUUUCUGGCUCGGACAACUCUUCUACGUCGUUACUUCUGUCCUCGUGCGAUUGUCCAUCACCGUCACCCUCGUGCGCCUCACCGUCGACAACCUCCAUCGGAGCAUCCUUGGUGCCGCCACCAUACUGUCCAUUGUCGCAGGAACCAUUUUCUUCUUCUUCACCAUCUUCCAAUGCACCCCGGUCAAUUAUUACUGGAACCGAAUGACAGAAGAGGGCCAUUGCAUGGACAUGGAUGGUCUCCUGGGGAUCGUCUACAUGUACAGUGCGGCCGCUGCGGUGUGCGACUUUACGAUUGGACUGCUGCCCGCCUUCAUGAUUGGGAGGCUAAAGAUGGACCGACAUACGAAGAUGGCCGUCAUUGGAAUUUUGUCUAUUGGAUGCGUUGCUAGCACCGCGGUUAUUGUUCGUAUCCCGUUUCUCCGUCUGUCAAAGAGUCGGGAAUUUCUAUGUUUCGAUAUGGUCGAAUAUAGAGACUGGGCUGGGGAUCACCGCAGGGAGUUUAAUGACCGUGCGGCCCUUUUUGCGGGCGAUCGGAUGGUUACACAUAGACUAAAGUAG